UCAGCAAGGAAGGAGGGGGGAGGGGGCGGCACAGCCAGGGCCCAACAUUGUUUGACAACUGUCCAAUCAGGAAUGUACCCAGAGCGGAGGGCAGGCUUUUAAAGCCUCCCGGGCUUUCUCUGGAGCCUGCCAUUUUGAACGCCUUUGGGAGCUUCUGGUCCUCUGCUGCAGAGGCUCGGAAGUUUUUGGGUCCCUUGUCGCCCUGUGACCUGUUCCCCGCGUGGCAGGUCCCGCAUACCUCGGAAGCUAGGAGAUGGACCUGAUGACAUUUGGUGAUGUGGCCAUUCAUUUCUCUCCAGAAGAGUGGGAAUGUCUGGAUUGUGUUCAGCGGAACUUAUACAGGGAUGUGAUGGUAGAGAAUUACAGAAACCUUCUCUCUGUGGUGGUAUCUUCACAUUAUACCCAAUACUUUUCAUCAAAGGAGAACAUAAAGCGUUCAUUCCAAGAAGUAAUAAGAAGACAUGGAGAGUGUGGCAUUGACAGUUCACACUUAAGGAAAAAAUGGGAAAGUCAGGGCUCAAAAGAUCUUCAUCCAAGUUCCCACCUUCAAGACAAGGCUUGCAAAUAUAAAGAAUGUGGUAAGGCCUUUAAUAGUUGUUCAUAUCUUAAUGUGCACCAGAGAAUUCAUAUUGGAGAGAAACCCUUUGAAUGCAAAGAAUGCGGCAAAGCCUUUAUUGAUUGUUCAGCCUUUAAUUACCACCAGAGAAUUCAUACAGGGGAGAAACCUUGUGAAUGUAAAGAGUGUGGCAAAACCUUUAACAAACUUUCAAACCUCAGACAACAUCAGAGAAUUCAUACUGGAGAGAAACCUUACAAAUGUCAAAUUUGUGGCCACGCUUUUAACCAAAGUUCGCAUCUUAUUCGACACCAGAGAGUUUAUGUUGGAGAAUGUGACAAGUCCUUUAUCAAGUGUUCCACUCUUAGACAACGUCAUGCCAUUCAUACUGGAGCAAAGCCCUACAAGUGUAAGGAGUGUGGUAAGACCUUUGUUCAUAUUUCAAAUCUUACUCAACACCAAAACAUUCAUACUGGUGAGAAGCCAUUCAAAUGUAAAGAGUGUGGCAAAGCCUUCAGCAAUGGUUCAAGCCUGAAACGACAUCAUAUAAUUCAUACUGGAGAGAAGCCCUACAAGUGUAAACAGUGUGAGAAAGCCUUUACUCAGCUUUCAAAACUUUGUGAGCAUCGGAGAGUUCAUACUGGUGAGAAGCCCUAUAAAUGUAAAGAAUGUGGCAAAGCCUUUCACAAAUGGCCAUCAUUUAUGUACCACCAUAGAACUCAUACAGGAGAGAAACCCUAUGAAUGUAAAGAGUGUGGCAAAGCUUUUACCAAAGGCUCGGAUCUCAGAAGACAUCACAGAGUUCAUAGUGGAGAGAAACCCUACCCAUGUAAAGAGUGUGGCAAAGCCUUUACCACAAGCUCAAGUCUGAGAAAGCAUCAUAGAAUUCAUACUGGAGAGAAGCCCUACAAAUGUGGACAGUGCAGCAAGGCCUUUAGACGUUGUUCACACCUCACUGUACAUCAGAGAAUUCACACUGGAGAGAAACCCUACACAUGUAAAGCAUGUGGCAAAGCCUUUUCCAGAUCUUCAAGCCUUAGGUAUCAUAACAGAAUUCAUACUGGGCAGGGUGUGUCCACACAGAAAAUCGAAGACUUAAUGGACAUGGUGAAGAAGUUGCAGAAAGUGGGAAGCCUAGAGCCCCGGAUUGAGGUCCUGAUUAACCGCAUUAAUGAGGUUCAGCAAGCAAAAAAGAAAGCCAGUGAGGAGCUUGGAGAGGCCCAGACUGUCUGGGAUAGCCUGCAGAAGGACCUGGAGUCACUACAUGAAGAGAAAGUACGUCUGAAGGAUAUCUUGAACAAAAAGCAAGAGUCCCUGAGGAUGUUUCGGCUGCAGUGCCAGGAGAAGGAAAGCGAGGCACAAAGGAAGCACACUGUGUUACAGGAAUGUAAAGAGAGAAUUUCUUUCCUGAACUCCCAGAUCGACAACGAGAAGGGCAGACUAAGAAAACUGAGGUUGGAAUUUGAACAACAGCUGGAGGCUUUGAUGAACCAGCACAAGGACCUCUUGGAAUUUCAUAAGCCUGAACAUCUGGCGGAGGAGAUAUGUGCUUUGGACAGCAGCAAGGAGCAGCUGCUCAAGGAAGAGAAACUGAUCGAGGUAAAGCUGGAGGAUGUGAAACAUCGGCUCUCUACCCUAUGUGGGCCUGAGAGGUCUUCCACCCUCACUGAGGGGCUCUUCCUCCGAAGCCAUGAGGCAGCUGCAGCAAUGCAGCUGUUCAAGGAGGAGAACAAGAAAGCUGAGGAGCUCCUGAAUGCUGCAGCUCAGCACCACCAGCAGAUGCAGGAGAGGUGCCAACAGCUGCAGCAGAAACGGCAGAAGCUGAAAGAAGAACUGGAGAGACAGGGGGUACAGAUCCUUGCUCAAGGUCAGAGUAUGCAAGAUGAAGGAGACAACUCAUGGAGGAUGGCCAGUCCCAAGCCCCUAGAAGUCCAUGAGGAGAAGGACCAAGAGCACCCAACAAGCAGGACCUGAUACCCUCCUUGACCUGGAAGACAUACCAACUCCACACUCAUCAUAUGGAACUGUUGAAAUAAAGGGGUUAUUUUGUGUAGUUUGCUUCAUCUGAGUAUGUGUUUAGUGGAAGAAUGGGUGUUGGGGCCAAGCCCUCACAUCGUUGAACCUGGAGAUAUCUUGGCUCAAUUUUGAUUCUUAAUGAGCUUAGGGUCCAAAAUGCUCACCUUGAGUAUCUGGCGCACUCUUCUGAUCCUGGGCAGAAGAAUGCAGAUAUGGACCUUCUUACAGGAUCUGAAUCCAUCCAUAAUUUAAUUCUUUCAUAUAGGCCCAAGAUAGAAUUGACUUAGAAACAAAAGGAAGAUAAUCAUCAGCUUUUACUUCAUGAGGGAA